AUGACCAAAGAACGCCCACGUAUUUUACUCUACAUCCUUCGCCGCGACGUUCGCCUAUCCGACAAUCCCAUUUUCCAUUCAGUAUCCCAGCAAAUCAAUCAAAGACGAACUUCCACAUCUCCACAAACCACAAACGCACGUCAAAGAGACGAUUCCCCUAUAUCAGAUUCCAGUAGCACGGCGUUCACACAUUUGUUACCGGUAUACGUGUUUCCAGCAAACCAAAUCGAAGUUUCAGGCUUCGUAUCUUCGCCAGAUCAAUCCCCGUAUCCACAGGCGCGAAGUCAAAUUGCAGGAGUAUGGCGCACGGGACCUCAUCGCCUGAAAUUUAUUGCUGAGGGCGUGUGGGAUUUGAAAAAUAAGCUCGAAGGACUACAGUGUGGAUCCGGAUUAGAGAUAAGAGCUGGAUCGAUUGAAGACGUUGUCAAGGACAUCCUCGAAUGGUACUCGAUAAGCAGUGGUGGAAACGGCAGGAAAACAGACAUCGCAGGAGUUUGGAUGACCGAUGACGAGGGUUGCGAGGAAAAGGCUGAUGAAAAGGCUGUGAAGAAGCUAGCAAAGCAACACGGAGCCGAUUUCAAGUUGUGGAACGAUGAGAAGUAUUACAUUGAUGAUCGUGAUCAGCCAUUCAAACACGUUUCUGAUCUCCCUAAUAUCUACACUUCAUACCGCAAAUCUCUUGAACCACUUCGCGACCAGCCACGAAAGAUUUUGCCUACACCAACCAAGCUCCUGCCUCUGCCACAUGACAUACCACCACCCAAAUCACCAUUUCAAAUUCCUUCGACGUUGCUUGGUUUGAAGAAAGCACUUAUGUUCCCCCUCGACAAAGAUCCAACAUUUACCCUCUCCGUUCCACCCAAAUGGCCCACAGACGUUGGAACAUCACAUCCAUUCGAGGGAGGAGAAACGUCAGCCCAGGAUCGUGUUUCUCACCUAAUUUCCAGAGGAGCAAUGAGCACAUAUAAGGCUACACGAAAUGGCAUGCUUGGUCUUGACUACAGCACCAAGCUCUCAGCAUUUCUAGCGCAAGGUCACCUCACCGCACGACAGAUACAUUGGGCUAUGAUGGAUUUCGAGGAAGGCAAAGGCGUAGGAGGUGGGGUGGAAGGUUACGGGAAAGGGGAGAACCCAGGCACAGCCGCUGUGAGAUUUGAACUCUUGUGGAGGGACUACAUGCGGCUGUGUAUGGGGAAGUUUGGCUGGAAGAUGUUUGCCCAAUACGGCAUUCAAGACGAGAUGAGUGCGAGCACUAAGGACAAAGGCCAUCAAACCACGCUACCAAAGAAGAAGUGGAGGUCCAUCGACAAGUCCAGCGGGACGGGAGAUGAUCCCAAGAAGACGCUCGAAACCUUCACACGAUGGCGAUCGGGCCGUACUGGAGUUGGUCUCAUUGAUGCUUCGAACAGAGAAUUGUUCCUCACUGGAUUUACCUCGAACCGAGCCAGGCAGAAUGUCGCCUCCUUCCUGACAUCGCAUCUUGACAUCGACUGGCGUAUUGGAGCUGAAUGGUACGAAUUCAUGCUUACCGACUACGAUGUAGCCAGCAACUGGGGUAACUGGAUGUACGUGGCUGGUGUGGGCAACGAUCCCAGACAGGGUCGUACAUUCAAUCCAGUCAAACAGGCCUUUGACUACGAUCCACACGGGGAAUACAUCAAAGCAUGGGUUCCUGAAUUACGAGGACUGAAGUUGACACGAAACGUCGGCUCGGGUAGAGAGGAGUUUGACAAGCAACGACUGAUGGGCUUGUACCAGGCUUGGAGGCUAAGCGAUUGGGACAAGAACAACUUGGGCAUCAAAGAUGUUGAGUGGGUGGAGAAACCGUUGAUUCACAUCCAAUUCUCCAUCGGUCGAGGGAAACCCAGCGACAACAAUAACAACAACAACCGACCGACAAACCAAGGACGAGGGAGAGGACGAGGAGGCGGGGGAGGUGGACGAGGAGGCGGCAAACCUCGAGAGUUCAGAAGACCAGACAAUAACGAGAAGUCUAUGCAUAGCGACGGUCCGACAAUUGUCAGUAGUGAGCGCGCAUAUACGUGA